UUUUUUUUCUUUAAAAGGAACCACAUCCAACCCUAAUUGGCAUUCCCACUAUAAAUCUCAGGUCAUCGCUUACAUUUAUCCAAACACAACCCAGAGACGCAAAGAGAGAGAAAUACAGAGAAGCUUUGAUCGAGUCCAAAGGUACACGAACUAAACAAAGAUGGGAAGAGCACCUUGUUGUGACAAAGCAAACGUGAAGAAGGGGCCAUGGGCUCCCGAAGAAGAUGCUAAGCUCAAAGAUUAUAUUGAAAAAUAUGGUACUGGUGGCAACUGGAUCGCUCUUCCACAAAAGAUUGGCAUAAAAAGGUGUGGAAAAAGUUGCAGACUCAGGUGGUUGAAUUACCUUCGACCUAAUAUCAAGCACGGAGGAUUCUCUGAAGAAGAAGACAACACCAUCUGCAGCCUCUAUAUUAGUAUUGGCAGCAGGUGGUCUAUAAUUGCUGCUCAAUUGCCUGGAAGAACUGAUAAUGAUAUCAAGAACUAUUGGAAUACAAGAUUGAAGAAGAAAUUGCUUGGAAGACGCAAGCAGUCUCAUGGUAAUAAGCUCGAUGGUUCAACUCAAGACUCCAAAAAUGGGAACGAAAUGGAAAGUCUAAGCAAUUCCGCCAUUGAAAGGCUCCAACUUCACAUGCAACUCCAAAACCUUGAAAACCCUAAUCACUCUCCUAAUCUGGCGAUGUGGCCUUUCAAGUUGAACCCAAUCCAAGAAAAGAUGAUGCAUCGUCUCCAACUUCUAAGUGAAUCAUCAAACCCUCUAAUGAUGCAAUAUGCUUUACCUGAUGCACAUCAAAAGGCUGAACUUUUUCGACCAUAUAAUAACAUGUAUUCCCUACCAAAUAAUAUGUUGAUGAACCAAAUGGAGAAUUCCAUCGAUAGAGUUAAUGUUCCCGAAUCAUCAUCACAAGUACCGGAAUCAAUUGGUAUGAAACAGCCAGGCAUGGAAUUCCAGCAGUUUUGGGCACUACAAGCUGAAAUCGAUGAGUUCUUGAACAACAAAGGAGCUAAUCCGAUACAACUAGAUCAAGCACAGGCAAAUGAAUUUGACUAUUUCAAGGAAAUGGAUGGUUCCAAGGACAUGAUGACUUGGUGGUCGAAUGAGUUCGAUGCGAAUUCAGCUUCCUCAAACUCGUGGGAUUCAAAUGGCGUCCUUGAUCACCAGCAACAAGGAUACGAACAGAGCGCACUGAAAAAUUAAAAAUGAGGUACGAGGUAUUGGUGUUAGCUAAGGUUUAUUCAGAUUUAAUUAUCAUGAUAAAGUGGAGGCGAUGGAGGAGAACUGAGUCUAAACGAUGUAAAUUUGUGUAAUAAUGUUGUCUUUCUAGUUGUUCUAUCAAUGUAUACAUUCACAAAAGCAGUUCUCUUAUGUUGUUAUACAAAAUUUCGAUAUAAUGUUUAUGGGCAUACGAUACGAUUAGUGGUGUUGGUUAACAAGAAACAAACGGAUAUCAUAUUCCUUUG